UGUAUAUAGUUGAGCAUUCGAAAACUAAAGGGAAUAAGAAUCUUAUUUUCCACACGAAAUAAAGAAAGUCUUUUUUUACACAAUCCUAGGAACUCCUGGAUUAAUUCACCAGUCACUUUUUACACAAGAGCGGAGGACAGAACUGCGUCAAAAUUAGGCGAAAAAUGCUUUUUAAUCUAACAUUUUGAACCAUAGUGAGAUUCCAUUUCUAUGAGUCUGAACAGGUCAGUGGGCGGUUCUAAGGGUGCAGGCUAGUCAACACUCCCUUUCCGCUGAAGGCAAGCGAAGGAGGGUAGGAAAGGGGCUUACAGCAAUUCAUUCCGCCGGUGGUGAGGAAAUGUUGCAAGGAGCUGAUGAACUCUUUCAAAAUGUGGCAGAUCAUCUUGAAGAAAUGGAUACAUCAGAUACCCAGUGGGGAUGGUUUUACUUGGCUGAAUGUGGCAAAUGGCAUAUGUUUGAGACUGAUUCUAAUACCUGGUGUUCACUUAGCAGUGAAGACAUUGAAAAGAGGUUCAAAAUGAAUCCACAAGGCUCCAUUUCUUUUACAACUGCAAAAUUUAACUACAUAUUAGACUUUUCAAGGAUGAAGCAAACCAAUCAAACAACUGGAAAAGAGCGUCCCAUAAAGCGAGCUCCAUUUUCUAUCAGUGCCUUCAGUUACAUCUGUGAAAAUCAGUCUAUCCCUAUGCCCUCUCACUGGGAAAAUGUAAAUUCAGAAGAACCAUACCAGCUUGUUCCUUUGCAAAAACAUACAAAUGAAUAUAAUGAGGUUGCUAACCACUUUGGGAGAACAAUGGAUAGUAAUCAAAUUAAACGAAUUCAAAGAAUUCAGAACCUAGAUUUGUGGGAAUUUUUUUGCAGGAAAAAGGCUCAGUUAAAGAAAAAAAGAGGUGUCUCCUUUAUUAAUGAACACAUGUUGUUUCAUGGAACCAGCAGUGAAUUUGUUGAAGCUAUCUGCAUUCAUAACUUUGACUGGAGAAUCAAUGGCAUGCACGCUGCUGUAUACGGAAAAGGAACAUAUUUUGCUAGGGAUGCUUCAUACUCCAGCCGCUUCUGCAAAGAUGAUUUAAAGUGUGGCAACACAUUUCACAUCCAUGGCAUUGAUCUACAACUUCACGCAUUUAAGAAGCAUAAAGUCAUGUUUCUUGCUCGUGUAUUGACUGGAGACUAUAUUAAUGGUGACUCCAAAUAUGUGAGGCCACCUUCAAAAGAUGGGAGCUUUGUAAAUUUGUAUGACAGCUGUGUGGACAACACUUGGAACCCAAAGAUUUUUGUUAUCUUUGAUGCCAACCAAAUCUAUCCAGAAUAUUUAAUAGAAUUCAGCUGAGACUUAGAGAUGGCUGAAUUGUAUGAUGGUGUUUUUAUUUUUUGUGUGGUUUUGUUAAACUUACUAAGAAGUAAAUAUAUAGCAGCAACUCCGAGUGGA